UUUACACAGAUGUGUGCGAGGCGUGCACAGUUGAAGCGGUGGGACAUCGUGCGCGUAGUGGGAUCAACUUCUUUCAAGGGAUCUUUAGUGUCCUAUUCACACAGCUUGAGUUCGAUGUGCGUCUUAUUAUAAGGAAUAGAGAUCAAGGUUUUCGGAGACUUACUUUAGUUUAGUAUUUAACGCGUAUUGAGGGGGUUUAAAACGAAAGAAAAUGCCUGUAGCGUCUCUUCUGCCUUUCACGACUACCCCGAAUAGGAAGUCUGUCAGCCCGACCUCCUUCAGGCUUACGGAGAAAUUCAUUUUGCUUUUAGUUUUCAGCGGUUUCAUCACCCUGUGUUUCGGAGCUAUUUUCUUUUUACCGGAUUCCUCUAAGCUCCUCAGCGGAGUUUUCUUCCGCUCGUCCUCGGUGGAGGCUGAGACGCGCACAGGUACGGUCAGUGACACGAGCACCGGGACGGGCAAGGAUGAGAAGAUACUGGCCAAGAUUAGGAAAGAUCACGAAAAGGCGUUGAUCGAGGCCAAGGACACUCUACAGAAACUACCAGGCGAAAUCAAGCAGGACAUCGAGAGCGAUAAAAAGAAAGUUGCCCUUAACGGACAGGUGAGGGGCGGAAAAGCUGACGGUUUGCCCCUCGUUCAGUAUGUUCGGCCGCCCGGAGCAACAGGGCACGAGCCGUCAGACCCUGAUGCUAAAGAAAAAAGAGCCAAGAUUAAAGAGAUGAUGCAAUUUUCUUGGGACAAUUACAAGCGCUACGCCUGGGGCUCCAACGAACUGCGUCCUGUCUCAAAGCAGGGCCACUCCAGCAAUCUGUUUGGAAGUCUCAAAGGAGCCACCAUUGUGGAUGCACUGGACACGCUCUACAUCAUGGAGAUGUAUGACGAAUUCGAGGCUGCUACAGAGUGGGUGGAGAGAAACCUGGAUUUUAACAUGAAUGCAGAAAUCUCAGUCUUUGAAGUGAACAUCCGUUUCGUCGGAGGGCUGCUGUCCGCUUAUUAUCUCUCAGGCAAAGAGGUGUUUAGAAAGAAAGCUGUUGAACUGGGAGAGAAGCUGUUGCCAGCUUUUAAGACACCAACUGGCAUCCCUUGGGCUCUCCUCAACCUAAAGAGUGGGAUAGGCAGAAACUGGCCAUGGGCGUCAGGAGGAAGCAGUAUCCUCGCAGAAUACGGGACGUUGCAUUUGGAGUUCAUGCACCUCAGCGCUCUUUCCGGGAAACCCGAGUUUGCGGAGAAGGUAAUGAAUAUUAGGAAGGUGCUGAAUCGUCUGGAUAAACCUCAAGGCUUGUACCCCAAUUACCUGAACCCGAACAGUGGACAGUGGGGUCAACAUCACGUCUCAGUUGGAGGCUUGGGGGACAGUUUUUACGAGUACCUGCUCAAGGCUUGGCUUAUGUCAGACAGAAUCGAUGAAGAGGGGAAGAAACUCUACUAUGAUGCCCUGCAGGCAAUUGAGAAGAAUUUGAUCCGCAAGUCGAGCGGAGGGCUGACGUAUAUAGCAGAAUGGAAGGGUGGGCUUUUGGAGCAUAAGAUGGGUCACCUGACAUGUUUCGCUGGUGGCAUGAUUGCUUUAGGGGCGGACGGAGCCCCUGAUGAAAAGACUGGUCACCAGAUGGAACUGGCUGCUGAGAUCGCCCGCACGUGUCACGAGUCUUACGCCCGAACCAGUACAAAGCUGGGACCGGAGGCCUUCCGCUUCGAUGGCGGCGUGGAGGCAAUCGCCACGCGGCAAAACGAAAAAUACUUCAUUCUGAGGCCGGAGGUCAUCGAGACGUACAUGUACAUGUGGAGGUUCACCCAUGACCCCAAAUACAGGCAGUGGGGCUGGGAAGCCGUACAGGCUCUGGAGAAGCACUGUAGGGUGGAAGCAGGUUACAGCGGGGUGCGUGAUGUCUACGCCAAUACUCCCAAUCAUGAUGACGUACAGCAGAGUUUCUACCUGGCUGAGACACUCAAGUAUCUCUAUCUGCUUUUCUCUGAUGAUGACCAUUUGCCCUUCGAUCACUGGGUGUUCAACACGGAGGCUCACCCUCUUCCUGUCAUAAAGAAACAGAGCCCCGAGUUAGCCAAUCAUCUCAAGUAACCCCAAACCUACCAGACGCUGCAUUGAAACGUGACUUCUUAGACAUGCUUUGACAUUGGGCGAGAGAUAUGGACUUAAAGUCCCACCGUGGCUGGAGACAUCCUGUCCUCCAGGACUUUGCUGGAGCUUUUGUCUCUUUUUACAGCCCUCAAUCCCGAAGCUCACACCCCUGGCUGAUUGUCCUCCGCUAUCUCAAACGACGGGAUUCUGCAUGCCGCCACCGUCCUCUCUCUGUCCCCGAUGUUUCGGUCACGUCUCUGAGCUACAGAGGCGGGAAGGAUCGUAUCUCCUCUGUGAGGAGGCCAAAUGUUUUCCAUCGGACAAUCCCGCUUACACACUUUUUUAAAAAGCCAUAGCGAAUUCAAGCUUCAUCAUUGUUUUCUUUUCUUUUUUUUACAUCCUGUGUGUUUACUGGAACAUGGACGCUCACUUAACCUUUCUGUUUUUGUUUAGUUCUAAGUAAUUCGCUGUUUCUUAUAUUGUUUUAUCUCGGGGUGUGUUUGUUUGGUUGGGUGUUCAGGCUCGAUGUCGGAUGGCAAGGUAGCGAAACGAACUCAACUAGUGCCUUUCAGUCUUACCGAUAAAUGUUACAUAAGUAAAAAUUGUAUUUAUUUUUGCUGUCUGCAUUUGUUUGUGUCUUGAGGAUUUUAUCCUACUAGGCAGUUAAAGAGAUGACCAGAACCAUCGGCCCUCGCACCCUUCGUUCUGGAUGUGAAAAGUUAUCGUGUACGCAUCACAUCAUUCCCUGAUUCCUCUACAUUCAUAAGUUCUUCCUCUUUUUUUCUUUCUUGCUUUGCAACAUCACUGAAAAAAAAAUGUGUACAAAUGUGUUUUGUUUACUCAUUGAAAGCAAAGACUUUUAUUCUACAUAUUAUGUAAAAUAUACUACUUUGUGUUAAUUUAUUACUUGACCUGUAGACAUUUUUGUCUUUUCAGUGCAGAGGGCAGGGAACAGUGACGAUGUUGUUUCGAACGUUCUUAUCCUCUAGGAGAGUUAGGAAGACGCGAGCGAGCAGCAUCAGUCAAAGGGCAGGGUGAAUAUUAGUUUGAAUGUACCACCAAAUGUGAAUCGAACAUAUUUUGGCCUAGUUGUUGUGAUUUAUGAUUUUAUCUGUUUAAUGUUGGUUUUUAAUAUGAAAGCACAAAAACAUGAUUCAGUAUAUUUGGGUUCUCCCUGAAGAGAGGAAUAGAGAUAUUAGUGUAGGAUAAAAUAACAGCACACAUGAGGAAUUUUGAUGCAAGGAAAACAAGGUGGACCACUACACUGGAUGCACACCAAAUAAGCAAGAAGCUCAUAGUAGGAAAACAUGUGGAUGUGUCACGUUGGUGCAUCUGACAUGAUGGGGUAUGCAUAUGUAUAUUUACAUCACAUAUAAUCCAUACAUACACUACAUGUAUUACAGAAUAAAUGACUGCAUUCCACUUCGUGAUAGAACAGACCCAUUUAAAGACCAUUUAUUGAUGGAAAGACCUAAUUGACUUUGCUUCAAUGUGAUUGGUUGUUGCAGAGUGACUUCGUUUUACUUCAGUGUGAUCGGUUGUUUCCGAGUGACAUGUCUUUUUUUGCUUCAGUGCGAUUGGUCGGUUGCAGAGUGACAUGUCUUUUUGCGUCUUUGCGAUUGGUCGAUUGCAGAGUGAAAUGUCUUUUUGCUUCACUGUGAUUGGUUGUUGCGGACUAACAUGUUUUUUUGCUUUAGUGUGAUUGGUCGGUUUCAGAGAAAUUUCUUUUUACUUCAAUGUGAUUAGUCUGUUGUGAAGUGACAUCUGCUGUUACUUCAGUGUGAUUGGUUGUUGCAGAGUCACAUGUCUUUUUUGCUUUAGUGCGAUUGGUCGGUUGCUGAGUAACAUCUUUUUGAUUCAGUGUGAUUGGUUGUUGCAGAGUGAUAUGUCUUUUUGGUUUAAUGUGAUUGGUCUGUUGUGAAGUGACAUGUCUUGUUACUUCAGUGUGUUUGGUUGUUGUGGAGUGACAUGGCUUUUUUUUCCUUUAGUGUGAUUGGUCGGUUGCAGAGUAACAUCUUUUUGAUUCAGUGUGAUUGGUUGUUGCAGAGUGAUAUGUCUUUUUGCUUUAAUGUGAUUGGUCUGUUGUGAAGUGACAUGUGCUGUUACUUCAAUGUGAUUGGUUGUGGCAGAGUGAUAUGUCUUUUUGCUUCAGUGUGAUUGGCCGGUUGUGGAUUGAUAUGUCUUUUUACUUCAAUGUGAUUGGUUGUUGUGGAGUGACAUCUUUUUUGUUGUGGUGUGAUUGGUCGGUUGCAGAAUAAUGUCUUUUUGCUUCAUUGCUAUUGGUCGAUUGCAGAGUGACAUGUCUUUUUGAUUCGGUGUGAUUGGUGGGAUUCAAAGUAAGGUCUUUAUUCUUCAGUAUGAUUGGUUGUUGCGGAGUGACGUCUUUUUUUGUUUUGGUGUGAUUGGUCGGUUGCAGAGUAAUGUCUUUUUACUUCAAUGUGAUUGGUUGUUGCAGAGUAACAUCUUUUUACUUCAAUGUGAUUGGUUGUUGCGGAGUGACGUCUUUUUUUGCUUUAGUGUGAUUGGUCUGGUGCAGAGUGACGUGACUUUUUGAUUCAGUAUGAUUGGUUGUUGCAGAAUGAUGUGUUAUUUUGCUUGAAUGCGGUUGGAUGUCUUUAUGAUUCAGUGUGAUUGGUUGCUGCGGAGUGACGUCUUUUUAUGCUUUAGUGCAAUUAGUUGGUUGCAGAGUAACAUCUUUUUACUUCGCUGUGAUUGGUCGUUUGCAAAGUGACAUGUCUUUUUGAUUCAGUGUGAUUGGUCCGUUGUAGAGUAACAUCUUUUUACUUCACUGUGAUUGGUUGUUGCAGAGUGAUAUGUCAUUUUGCUUGAAUGCGAUUAGAUGUUGCAAGCAAAAUGUCUUUAUGAUUCAGUGUGAUUGGUCGGUUGCAGAGUAACGUCUUUUUGCUUCAAUGUGAUUGGUUGUUGCAAAGUGACGUGUCUUUUUGAUUCAGUGUGAUUGGUCGGUUGCAGAGUAAAAUCAUUUUUUUUUUCAGUGUGAUUGAUCUGUUAUGGACUAAUAUGUCUUUUUGCUUUGGUCGGUUGCGGAGUAAUCCUGCUGCUAUUGUAUGCUAAUUUGAUUGGUCAGUUGAGGAGUAGCGUCUUUUUACUUCAGUGUGAUUGGUUGUUGCAGAGUAACAUUUUUUUACAUUAAUGUGAUUGGUUGUUGCAGGGUGACAUGUCUUUUUUCUUUAGAGUAACUGGUCGAUUGGGGAGUGAGGCUGCUGCUAUUGUAUGCCACACCCCGUUCGUCAUUCCCAUGGUGAUGUGUGACUUUUUUAGGCAGUGUUUCUCAAAUAUUCACCUCUGGGUAAAAGUAAACCAACCUGCCUAACCAGUAUGUGAGUAGGGGUGGCUCUUUAGCUUUAACCAAUGGAGAUCCCUUUCAUGGAUGAUAUUCUACAUCAAAAAUUAGGAAAUACCUCGUUGAGAUUCUCUCUGCAACAUUUGAAAUGGUAUUUUUUCUUGUAGGCUACCGAACAGCAUAUUAUUAAAGUUACGAACCGUAACAAAUAAAAGUAACGUCAACCUGGAGCUUGGGGGAGACCAUGCAAAAAAAUUACACUGUGACACACUGUAGAUAAUACAUCACAUUCACUGUAUUCACCAUACAGAGACUCGAAAUGACAUUUAGCAGUGCCGCAGUUUGGACUAGCGCUUGGUGCCGUCUCUUUAGUUUAUGUGAUUCAUCAAACUGUGAGUUUGCAUCGUAGCGGUAAGAAUCCACAACGGCUCUUAGGAGGCAGACGUUUCCUUGCAGACUAGAAGAUGUGCUUUUCAGAUAGCUGGUUCAAAAUUGUUGUUGUGUUGAUGAUAGCCAAUGCCUUUUUCGUUUGUGAUUCUCGUUGUUUGUUAUUUCUUCAUGAGAGACAACCUCAGAAACGUAAUUGUACAAUAUUGCUGAUAAUCAUUCCAUUGCACAUAGUCUUGAUUUUAUUUUUCUUUAAUAUAUAUGCAAUUAAUUUUGUGGGAAAUUGUUGUUUGGUUUUAUUUCUUGGUUUUAAUUGUACAUAAUUCAUUCUGGCAAAAUGUCAGCCAUCAUUUAUAUAAAUCUUAAUGAUCUUAUGUAAUAAAUUAUAUUAAAGA